AUGGCUCAAGGAAACUUGAAAUUGAAAAACAAGGCACCCGCUCGUGUCACUAAAAAGCAAAGAAACCCUAAAAAGGCUGCACCCAAAAUCUUGAAACCUAGAAGAUCAUCUGCAUUAAAGUCUCAAAAGUUAAAUAAAUUUCAUCUGGGACAUUUAAUGAAAUCAACAGAGAAGGUUAUUGCUGGAAGAGUAGGUCACUUGGAAUUGAUAAAGGGUUCUAGAAGAGAAGUAGAGAAGGAAGAAAGAAAUAACGCAAAACUGAACAAAACUAAAUGA